GCCGCAGUGCUCCAUUCCGCAAGCAUCCUCUCACGGACUCCUACUUUCUCGAGGAAGACACCGAUCCAUGCUCGGUUUAGUCGAAUACAGUGGAAUUUAAAAAAAAAUAGAUCUCAUCGAACAUAACGUCCCAUCGAAUACAGAGAAGAGCUUCUUAUCAGAAAGUAAAAAAAAAAAACAAAAAAUCCGCGACCAAGGAUCACGCACAGUUAAUAAAAUUUCCCAAUAAUUUCUAAUAAUCUUCCAGUUUGUCAAUAUCUUUUUCUUGUCUUUUUAAUUAAAUAUUGAUAAAGACCAAUUACGUUAACGCGUCUGCAUGAGGAUAGUGUGCCAGGAACAUUAUUGACAGACAGUGCAUUGUGUUAUUAAGAAGAUUUGGUGAUUGCGAUAACGUAACCACUAAUCAACUUGGAGAACAUUUCAUCAUAAACAAUGGCGGCGAUACGGCAGGAUCCAUAUCGACAAUUAUACGCUCUCGUCUUCUGGCUACUUUUAUUCGCGUUUUGCACCGUGGAAUCACUGGCGUCUAGUACACAAGGUGCCAGCGACGUCGAGACGCCUAUAGAAGAUCCCGUUAUCGAGGACGCUACCGAAGAUUAUUGGGCAGGAAGUGGCUCCGGUCCAGAUGAAGAUGAUUCUCUUCAUAACGAGACAAGAGAAGCUCUAACGCACGAAGCAAGCGACCACGAAGCGGUGGUAUACGUUGGCGAGGGUGCCGGAUACGUACCUGUGCCCUCUGUGAGAAACAGACCCCUCACAACCAAUCUUCAAGCCCUUCAAACUCUUCAGGGUCUUCAGGGCUUAGCUGGUGGCGGAGGAGGAACUGGAAUUGCUGGCGACGAGGACUGGCGUCGACAUCCUGAAACGUGGGAUCGCGAACACAGGAGAUACAGACCCAACACCACAAGAGUGCAGCAUAUCGAAGCCGAGUGCCAGGACGAUUAUAUGAAGAUCAGAAUUGGCUUUAAUGGUUCCUUCGCAGGACUUCUUUAUUCUGCUGGCUACUCUUAUGACCCUGAUUGCAUGUACGUUAACGGAACGGGUCGAGACUACUAUGAAUUUUAUAUUCAGUUAAACAGAUGUGGCACCCUGGGUGAGAACACUCAUCAUCAAGACAAUAGGAAGAAUCCUACGAAAAAUCUCAUGUGGAAUACCGUAACCGUACAGUACAAUCCUCUUAUCGAGGAAGAGUUUGAUGAGCACUUUAAAGUGACCUGCGAGUACGGUUAUGACUUUUGGAAAACCGUCACGUUUCCCUUUCUCGACGUGGAAGUCGCCACGGGGAACCCUGUAGUUUUUACUUUGCAACCUCCUGAAUGUUAUAUGGAAAUUAGAUACGGAUAUGGUACGACUGGAACUCGCGUUGCUGGACCAGUACGGGUUGGUGAUCCAUUGACGUUGAUCAUUUAUAUGCGUAGUAAAUAUGAUGGCUUUGAUAUUGUAGUCAAUGAUUGUUACGCUCACAAUGGCGGUAACAAAAGGAUUCAACUAAUCGAUCAGUAUGGCUGUCCUGUCGAUGAUAAAUUGAUCAGUCGAUUCCGUGGCUCCUGGUCCGAAAGUGGACUCUUUGAAACUCAAGUCUUUGCCUACAUGAAGACUUUCAGAUUCACGGGUUCUCCGGCGCUCUACAUAGAAUGCGACGUACGCAUGUGCCACGGAAGAUGCCCGAGUCAACCCUGUCACUGGAGAAAUGCCAAGAACGUAGCUAAACGUUCAGUAGACGCUCUGGAGGGUCCAACAACAGCGGCAACGAGUCUUUCAGAGAAUGUCAAUUUGUUCCAAUCACUUCGAGUUCUUCAGGAAGGUGAAACGGACACGGAAACGGCAUUGUUUCAGAAUUCAACAGUUGGCAGCAGUACGACUGAAUCCAGCGGUGACAGGGUCUGUUUACGAUCCACGCUUGUCAGUACAGUAAUUGGCUUAGGAUGCGGUCUGCUCUGUAUAAUGGCGGGCACUUUAUUAGCAAUGUGCUCAAGAAUGAGACGGGCUGCCCGCGAUAAAUUACUCUCGGAUAGUAUAAGCUAUAUGACGCACAAGGGUCGAAUCAAUUAAUGUAUCCAAGUGAUACCGACGACGCCAGUUUUCAUAUCGAGUCACGUAACGCAUGGCCGUAACCGACGGGACCUUAAUGCGCAUGCGCGAAGGAUUUGGUCAGAAUGCAAUACGUUGACGAAUGCGGAGUUUGACUCCGUUAAAAAAUUAUAUUAAUAUUUAUGCUAGGCAAUCAUCCAUGUAGCUCGACGAUCCAAAUACUUUUCUCUAUCUUUCACUUUCUCACACCGGAACCGUUGAAUCCGUUCGUUUAAAAAGGACCAAGGAUACGAAUCAAAUUUAUACAUAUGCUGUGAUCCUUGUUAAAUGCGAUGCUAUGACGUUUAUAGGAAACGUUAGUAGUUGGGCUUUAUAUUACACAGAUCUUCGUGAAACGCCAUUAUUCGGCAUGUUCAGGAACGCGUAAUUGUUUACUGCAUUCUUCAAUUUCACUCGUGCUUCAUAUCCUGCUGUCGUCGCGCGCUGUCAUUAGAUGCUGUCAAUUUCUUUUUAAGUGUAAUUCCAGUACACCGGUAAUGCACCUGUAUUAAAGAUAUGUAAUAGCUGAAUACUCAACCGGUACUGACUUUAUAUGUAACUUGAUCGUCCUUAACGGCAACCUAUCGUUAAGAUAUCAUUACGGAUGCAAUAAGUAUGCGUGACAUGUUGAUGGGAUUGCAACGGGAUCGCAGUCACUCGGUCACAUGUAUCGAUUCGUUCUAACUCGAUGUUUCUGAAUGUUCUUGAAUGAUGCGCUUGAUUUUACAGGAUAUCUUUACGCUAUAUUAUAUUAUACUUGAAUUGUAAACGCUGCAUAGGGAUAAUCAGUGAAGCUUUUACGGUAGACAAAUGAAAAAGAGAAACAUAUAUAUUGAAAAUGGAGAAAAACUCGUUUUUUUAGGGCCAGCGAGGAUUAAGUAAUGUUCUGAAAAUAUUGUGGACAACGCUAAAGUCUAAUUUUCUUUUUUUCAAUACUUGUUAGACUAUACUAUUAAUUUGUGUGACGUUACGUGGUGGUUAGGCGUACGUUUUUUUUUUCUAUUUUAAUUGAAAUUUAUUGUAUUGGAUGUUUUGAAUAUUAAUUUCUCCUCCUGGUCGUUUUCAAGUGACUAUUCAACGCAUCACAUAACUUAAUAUUCUCCGGGUUACACAUACCAUAUUAGGAUACUUUUGUUUAAUUAACUACCUGUAAAUAUAGAUUACUAGAACUGUACGAUUAUAUCAUAUUUAUAAUUAAGUUCGAGUGUAUCAAGAUUUUCAAUAAA